CCGCAGUUUCUUCGCACGCUAUGGCGUAGCCGCAGGAGUCCUAUCUUAUUGGCCCGACAAGCGCAAGCAAGUGACGCAAAUUUGGCCAAAAUGCACAGAUAUACAACAUUUCAAUGCGGUCGAACGCGAAUGAUAAAAGUAGAACGGGGCGAAAAGUAUCUAUCAAGUACGAAAGUGACGCACUUGGAGUCGGAGGUCUAGGCACACCAACGUCCAUCGCCUUAUCGACGACAGCUCUGAAUUAACCUCUGCAUGCGCACCAGCAGGAGACGAAGCACAUCAAUUACAUGAGCCGUAAAUUUUAGCAGCAGGUGCAGCUAUUGGGUCUACAGAAUCGCUAUUGUUGCCGACGAGGACCCAGCCUUCGAAGUGUUACAGUCAGAUGACCUUCUUCUAGGCUAUUUAACGAAGAAGAACUAGCAAAGGGGUCUUCAACAUACUCUCGUCUAGGGGUCUUCAACAUCCUUUACAACAAGGAACAGGAGUAUGCCGACAGGAAAGCCGCCUACUACCAAAUAACGCGAUCGGCAUUCAUUCGAGACACAGUAGAGUGCUGGGGAAAAGCCGGCGCCGACCAAGCCGAAUGCUACGCCAAGCUCCAAGCCAAGUACUUCGCAAGACACGGGAGAGAGCAAGAACUCACCAAGAACGAAAUCCGUCAAGGCUGGACAACAGAAACAAUCAGAUGCUCGGUAAAAGGAAGCAAUAAGUUCAGAAUCACCCACAACUCUCGAGAAUCGUUAGUCAGUGCCAUCAUCCCUUCGGACGGAGGACACGUGCCACAGAUAGGAGGUGCAUUCAUCCACUCAGGCACAAUAGGUCAAGGAGGAGCUGAGGCGUACACCGCCACCAUCCCGAGGAGAGGAGGCGGAUUAGGCCCACUGAGAAAAUUCAGAUUGCAAGCGCUACAGCCAAUAUGGGUAACAGUAGUGGUCGUUGGCUCCCCACAGUCACAUCAGACUAAGAAAUCACUAGAGGCAAUGGAAGCGCAGGGCACAGUUUGGCUAGAAGACAAACAAACUACGAUACAGGCGGGAGAAGCACAGGGAUCCCAAAUAAUUGAGGCAAGUAGAUGGACGGCUUUAGUGCUACCAGAGUGCGACAUGGUCGAAUUCGCGCUUAUGCCGACAGUAUCGUGCUUUCUAGUAUCCGAAGUGCACAACCUAGAGGCACGCUGGAUAUGGCAGUCGAGGCCAACUUUAUCACAGAGGUCGUGUUCGAUGUGCGCAAUGGGAUCGCCAAUAUGCUUCUCACACGAAUGUAGGAGAAGCAAAGCACUACAAAGGAACAUUGAAAGGGGCAUUGCUCCUCCGGCAGUAGUCCCCACAGAAUUAUCCCAGCGGAUGCAGAUACUAGCAGAUGACUAUCUGAAAGAACAGGCACUUGAAGAAGCGCCUAAGGUGGCCAGUGCGGGCAGAGCAUUCAGAUUGGUCCGCAAAAUGGGUCCGAAGCGGCAUGGCAGAAAUCAACAUCCACAGAGAUGGAAAUGUGAUAGAUGCAAGAUAUCCUACCACACAACGUAUGGAGCCAUGCAGGAGCACUCCAAAGCGCACAAAAUAGAAGACUUCAUAAAAAUUGGAGUGAUAAAGAGUCGAGCACGAAAGGAGACCCUGUCGGUAGGAUCCAUCCGAUGGGAAUACAGAC